GCAGGUGAGUAAGGGGUGUGAGAUGGUGGGUGUCGCCGGUGAUGUCACACCUCCCAGACAGCCAGGAUUGGACCUUAAUUAGAAAGCAGAUAGAUAGGCGUCCGCAAUGAUAGAAUUCAAAGUGGUUGAUGCCAAAAUUUCUGCAGAGGAGCAGGAAAUUGUGGGAGUAAAGCGGAGUAGACAGAAGCGUAUCAGUGGUGCUGAGAACUGCCACGCUGCGCUGCAAACAGUCUCUCCGUGAGCUGAAGGCAAGCUGGAGUUUCAGAGGUGAUAUAGGAACAGCAAGACGCGCUCCCCGCCGGUUUGGCGGGAUAAAAAAAGGAGAGAGAGUCGAAAAUAUAGUCUACGUCAAACCCCAGGACGCUACGUUAUCAGAAAGCAACGGAGGUUGAAGCGAGACAAGUACAAAGGAGAGUCGCACCGUCGAGUUCAAGUUGUUCCUGCGCUUCGCUCCAAAGGCUGCGCUGAUGGCAUCCGUACUUGGAAACAACAGCCGCGCGUCCGGGGCUCAGAGCGGACAGGUCAAAUGCAAGCUGAGAAGGAGGAGAAGGAGACGAUCGAAGAGAAAAGAGAAAGUCAGUAUGCUGUCAGCAUUGAUCGCUCCCUUCAAGUACAUAAGCCCUGGGACCAGCAGCACAGAGGACGAGGACAGUUUAAGUACCAGCAGUGCAGAGGUAAAGGAAAACCGUAACAUUGGUAACUUAGAGGAUCGCACCACAGGAUCUACAGAGUGUCCAUCGCUUUUCUGCUCUGACACUACAAGAGGUGGGAGCUCUGGUCUGAAGAGGAAACGGCCAUUGGAGGAAGACAACAACGGGCAUUUGUGUCAGCUCCGCCUCAUUUAUAAGAAACUGUCCUGCUCUGAGGCUCCAAAGAAUGCUUUGGUGCAGCUCAAUGAACUCCGGCCAGGCCUGCAGUACCGUAUGGUGUCUCAGACAGGCCCAGUGCAUGCUCCUGUCUUCUCCAUUGCUGUGGAGGUAAACGGGCUAACCUUUGAGGGCACAGGCCCAACAAAGAAGAAAGCAAAAAUGAGGGCUGCCGAGCUGGCCCUCAAGUCCUUCAUCCAGUUCCCCAAUGCACCUCAGGCCCACCUAGCCAUGGGAAACAUGUCCAGCCCUUCGACCGACUUCACCUCAGACCAGGCAGAUUUUCCUGACACACUCUUUAAGAAAUUUGAGUCUUCGGCGUGCUCCAAUGGGCUCUCACUCUGCAACUCGGCAGCUGAGAGCACGCUAAUAUCAAGUGAGCUCCUGAGGCAUGGACGUUUGCUUCGCCACACCUUGGACUUGAUGGUGCAGGCUCAGCAGCGGCUGGGUGGGAUUGUUGCAGAGCCUGAGGCCCCCAAAAGUCCCAUGGCGUUGUUGAAUGAGCUCCGGCCAGGCCUUCGUUAUGCCUGCCUUUCAGAGCGAGCUGAAGGCAGACGGCUGCAUAGCUUUGUGAUGGCCGUUCGCGUGGAUGGUCGGAUAUUUGAGGGCUGUGGUCGCAGUAAAAAGCUGGCCAAGACCCAGGCAGCCCAGUGUGCUCUUCAGGCCCUCUUCAAUAUCAGGACAGCCCCUGAGGGGAGGACAGGCCUCAAAGCCAGCAGGAAGCGUUGUCCUCAUUUACCCCAGGACUUUGCCGAUUCAAUAUUCCACUUGGUGAGAGAGAAGUACCGGUCGCUGGUGGGCGUCUGCAGUCCUGUGCACGCUAAACAGAAAUCCCUGGCAGGCAUCGUAAUGACCCAAGGGCUGGACCUGAAGCAUGCCCAGGUGGUGGCAUUAUCUACGGGCACCAAAUGUAUCAAUGGGGAGUAUCUGAGUGACCAGGGACAGGUGGUCAAUGACUGUCAUGCUGAAGUGGUGGUCCGCAGAGCCCUGCUACGCUUCUUCUACUCUCAGCUUGAAUUAUUUUUAAGUAAAAGGCCAGAGGACUGGGAGGAGUCAGUAUUCGUGCAGCACAAGCAGUGUGGCUACACAUUGAGAGAAAACGUCCGUUUCCACAUGUACAUCACCACCUCACCAUGUGGUGAUGGGAGACUCAACUCGCCCUAUGAAAUCACCACUGACUUACACAGCAGCAGACGCCUAAUGAGAAAGCAUCGCAACCACUUGCGAAGCAAAAUUGAGUCAGGCGAGGGGACAGUGCCAGUACGAUGCCGGGGGCCUGUUCAGACCUGGGAUGGUGUUUUACAGGGCGAGCAGCUCAUCACCAUGUCCUGCACCGACAAAAUCACCAGAUGGAACAUCCUGGGCCUGCAGGGGGCGUUGCUGAGCCACUUUGUGGAGCCAGUGUACCUGCACAGUGUGACCGUUGGCAGCCUGCGCCACACAGGUCAUCUGGGCCGAGUUCUGAACAAGCGUCAGGAGCACCUGGGUCCACUGCCAACCACAUACAGACGCAACCAGCCCUUGCUCAGCGGGCUAAGCAGUGCUGAGUGUCACCAGCCAAGGAAGACCUCAUGUGUGAGCAUCAACUGGACACUUGGCGAUGCACAGGUGGAGGUGGUUAACACCACCACGGGACAGAGACGCGAUUCAGGGACGCCUUCACAUCUCUGCAAGCACGCCCUGUUCACCCGCUGGAGCAGACUUUACCGCAAGUUGGGGAUCCACACGUCCAGCUUGGCAGAGCGCCAUCUCAUGUACUGUGAGGCCAAGAUGGCGGCAUGUCUUUACCAGACAGCGAAGCAGCAGUGGUUCAGAUCUCUGCAGGAAACAGGCCUGGGCACCUGGGUGAAGAAACCUCCCGAGCAAGAGCAGUUCCUGCUGCCGAUCUGAGGAGUGUGUGCGUGUGAGUGUGUGUGUGUGUAACUUUUAUUUUUUUAGAAUAAGAUCAUCCUGCUUCACACUUUCACGCAUGGACGUUUCCCAGUCUAACCUCUAAAAUCACCACAUCAUCCACCCAAUACAAAAACAUCUAGAGGAAGGUCAACUGGGAUGGGCUGAAGAGAAAGGGGACAUAAAAAAUGAACAAUUUCUAUGACUUGCCCUUCUUUAAACACACAAACACACACAUUUAAGGUGUCA